GAUUUAGCAACCUUACACCUCUACCACCAUGUCUGCCGAUCCAGCCACGGAGUCCUCGACCGUACCCCCGCAUCCCGAACAAGCCGCCGACUCCGGGCCUCCCGCGGUCAAGCCCGCGCUGACGGCCGAGGCGCAAGCACAGGUCGUCACCCCCUGGGACGUCCAGGGUGGCGUGACAGAGGACGGAAAGCAGCAGGCGAUUGACUACGAGAAGCUCCUCGUGCAGUUUGGCACGAAGAAGAUUGAGCCGGAGCUGCUGGAGCGGUUCGAGAAGGUGACCGGCCACAAGCCCCAUGUCUUCCUGAGGCGGGGGAUGUUCUUCUCGCAUCGAGACCUGAACACGAUCCUGGACCGGUACGAGCAGGGGAAGCCGUUCUUCCUGUACACGGGGAGAGGGCCGAGCAGCGACUCGAUGCACCUGGGACACAUGAUCCCGUUCGUGUUCACAAAAUGGUUGCAAGACGUCUUCGACGUCCCGCUCGUCGUACAGCUGACGGACGACGAGAAGUUCCUGUUCAAGCACGAGCUCAAGGUUGAGCAGACGUAUGAGUUCGCGAAGCGGAACGCGCGAGACAUCAUCGCGGUCGGCUUCAAGCUCGAGAAAACGUUCAUCUUCAGCGACUACGACUUCGUCGGCGGGCCCUUCUACCGCAACGUCUCCAAAAUCUCCCGCCAGAUCACGAUCAACCAGGCCAAGGCGACGUUCGGCUUCAACGACUCCGACAACAUCGGCAAGAUUCACUUCGCGUCCAUCCAAGCCGCCCCCUCCUUCUCCAAUUCCUUCCCGCAGAUAUUCGGCAGCGCGUCCAACAUCCCAUGCCUCAUCCCCUGCGCGAUCGACCAGGACCCGUAUUUCCGGCUGACGCGCGACGUCGCCGUGAAGCUCAAGUACCCGAAACCCGCGCUCAUCCACGCCAAGUUCUUCCCAGCGCUGCAGGGGCCGCAGACGAAGAUGAGCGCGUCGGACGUCAACUCGAGCAUAUACAUGAACGACACCCCGAACCAGAUCAAGAGCAAGAUCAAUAAACAUGGGUUCUCGGGAGGUCAGGAGACGGUCGAGGAGCAUAGGCGGUUGGGCGGCAACCCAGACGUCGACGUCGCGUACCAAUACCUCGGGUUCUUCUUGGACGAUGACGAGGAGUGGAAACAGAUGGGAGAGGAGUACCGCGCCGGGCGUCUGCUCACGGGCGAGCUGAAGGCAAAGUGUAUCAAGAUCCUGCAGGACUUCGUGAAGGGCUUCCAGGACCGAAGAGCAGCCGUCACCGAGGACGACAUCAAGGCGUUUAUGGAUGGCAGCCGGAAGAUCGAGCCUACGUUCGGCAAGAGCAAAGCUGCUGCUGAGGCAGCUGCAGCGCCAGCAGCAUAGGGGAGUAUGAAUCAUUGGAAGCAGACUAUCUAACCUGUUGUAGACAUAGAACCUGUCAUUCGUUCUCUGGAUGCUACAGGAAGAGAUAUUGUAUCAUUGUAUACCAUCUUCGGGUGAGGUGAUAGCCUCGAAGAGAUCAUAUGUCUAUGGCUCUCGUCAGUCCAGAUUCCACUGCUGAAAGCCUGAUAUAUGGGCCGAUGAUAGCCUCCAACGGCAGGCGUUUUUAUUCAGUAACUCAGCCGGCGAUAGAAGGCAGCAAUGAGACCUGUGGGAAG